AUGACAACUCCAUCACGUAGGCGGUUGAUGAGGGACUUCAAGAAGUUGCAGGAGGAUCCACCGGCUGGCGUUAGCGGUGCACCAACGGAGGAUAAUAUCCUAAUGUGGGAGGCAGUUAUAUUCGGACCACAAGAUACACCUUUCGAAGACGGUACGUUCAAGCUGACAUUGGAGUUCACCGAAGAGUAUCCCAAUAAACCGCCGACGGUGAAGUUCAUCUCGAAGAUGUUCCAUCCGAACGUUUAUGCUGACGGAAGUAUUUGCCUUGAUAUUCUACAGAAUCGAUGGUCGCCAACGUACGACGUUGCUUCCAUAUUGACCUCAAUUCAGUCACUGCUGGAUGAACCUAAUCCGAAUAGUCCGGCGAAUUCUUUGGCUGCGCAGUUGUAUCAAGAGAAUCGACGAGAAUACGAAAAGCGGGUACAACAAAUUGUUGAGCAGUCGUGGUUGAAUUUCGGCGAGAAUGAAGGUGAGAUCGAGACAAAGGAGAGUAUGGACACCACCGAAGAGAUGGAGAAUGAGCACGACGAAGCGCAGAUGCCAUCCGCUUCUGGUGCUGUUGCAUCAGCACGUACGCCCUCUUCGUCAUAA